AUGGCCCAAGCUGGUGCUACGGCGCCUACCGAAGACAACCAAUGGAGUGGUGUUGAGGACACCAUGGGGGAUCCAGAAGAGAUUAGAGUCAUAUUUCAAGCGUUGGACUCAUUUGCUCAAUAUGCCAAGACAGCACAUUUUCACUGCACCCACCUGCGACGCCAGGCGUUCUACGCUCUUCCUCGAGCUCACUGGAAGAUGCUAGCUGAGCCCCCGUUCUCGUAUUUGGAUACACUGGAUCGCGUAGAUGCAGCCAUCGAGAAGAAUGCAGAACUGGCGCGUCUCGUCCUCAAGCAGGGCCUGCGGUCCUUCGAUAUGAGCGAAGGCUCAUCCGAGUCUGGCCAUGCCACCAUGCCCGAAGAAUGGGCCGGCAUAGCCAAGCAUUCUGACAUUGACAAGGCGCGGAGCACCAUCCGUCAGUUCUACCGUGACUGGUCGGAAGAGGGAUACCUUGAGCGCAAGGCCUGCUACGAGCCUAUCUACCGGGCCCUUGAGAACCAGAAAGCAAAGUACCCCGACGUCUCGCAACUGAAAGUCCUGGUUCCCGGUGCCGGGCUCGGUCGUCUGGUGUUUGACCUAUGCCACCGGGGCCAUUUCAGCGAGGGCAACGAGAUUUCGUACCAUCAACUGUUGGCGUCCUCCUUCAUACUUAACAACGUCGAGGAGGCGGGUCAGUUCACAAUCUACCCCUGGAUCCACUCUUUCUCGAACCACAGGAGCAGGGAGAACCAAUUCAGGAGCUUCAAAGUGCCCGACAUACACCCCCAACGGACACUAGAGGCGGCCGAGGGCAUUGGCGCCAUGCAAAUGUGCGCGGCGGAUUUUCUGUGCCUCUAUGGCGAUGACGACCACAAGGAUGAGUACGACGCGGUCGCGGCCUGCUUCUUCCUGGACACGGCACCAAACCUGGUACGCUACCUGGAGGUAAUAAGACACUGCCUCAAGCCGGGCGGGGUCCUCGUCAACGUCGGGCCUCUCCUGUGGCACUGGGAGGGCCAGGUGCCCGGACACCAAGGAUACGACGGCGACGGCGACAACGAGACCACGGGCGCCAUGGGCAUCGCGGAGCCCGGCAGCUUCGAGCUGACGCACGAGGAGGUCGUGGCGCUCGUCGAGAAGAUGGGCUUCACCAUUGAACACCACGAAACGGACAUCAGUGCACCGUACAUCCAGGACUCCAACAGCAUGUUACAGACUGUCUAUAGAGCUGCGCAUUGGGUGGCACGGAAAAAUGAGAGCUGA